UGUUCCCUGAGGCAUGAAAAUAAAUCUUAGUUUCAAUCAAGAGCACGCUGCUGUGCACCACCCACAUUAAGGCAUCGACGGCGCAGGUAUUAUUAAGUGUACCAUUAGCGUUCCCUCGAAUCGGGACCACCCCCACCCUUGACACCCUCGGUCCCAAACGGCGGCGGCGUCAGUAUCCAGCGGCUCGGCAAAAGCGCUGCCGACGGUCAGAGCAACAAGUGCGGCGUCGAGCAGAGGACCGUCCAGUCCGUCAUGGAGCAAGUGUUCGUGCGGAAGCUGUCCUGCAUCUUGGGCAUCAACUCGCAUCCCACCAUCCGCUCGCGCAUCUACUCGCUGUCCAUAUUUUGCGUCAUCACGUCGUCGUGCCUGAACCUGCUGUACAAGUCGGGCCUGGAGCCACUCCUCAACCCAGACACCGACGUCUCCCUCUCCAUCGCCUACAUGUUCGACCUGAUCGCCCGCAUCGCCAGGGUCAUCAGCUACAUCAUCAUGCACAUUCUCACCUACAAGCACUCGGACAGAUUUGAAAAAAUCUACCACCAGCUACAAGUGGUGAAGCGGAGGGUGUGUGGCAACCCUGGCCUCCACAGCAACGAUGCGUUCAGAUUCGCCGUCAUGUUCGCCCUGAUCCGGCUGCUGGCGACCUUGACACCGGUUUUCUCGCGGUCCAACAGCGAACUUGUCGCCACCCUGAUGGACAUCCCCUUCCACCUGAAGUUCAUCUUCAACUUUUACAUGGAGUUGCAGCUCUUCACAUUUUGCUCCAUGCUGGAGCUCAGUUUCAGCUCGAUCAGGGCGCGACUCAGCCGGCUUCGCAAACACACGCCAAACAAUUCGCUCACCCAGUGCGGGAAAGUUUUUGUUGACAAAUGGGGUUUACCAAAGCAGCGUAGCCACCUAAUUCUGGAGAGUCUAUGGGUGGUCUCCUACUCCGAAUCAGUUCGCAGUUUGCGUCGCUCACACGCUGAGUUAUGCGAUUUGGCGAAUAGAAUUAACGCUCUCUUUGGGGUGCGACUUUUGGUGGAUAUCACGGCGCAGCUGUUGGCCCUGCUCCUGCGGCUCAAGAUCGUAAUCAUCUGGACCUUCACGGCCAUCAAAUCGGCGCGCGACCCGCACAGCACUUUCUUGAAGGACGCCACCGAGAUGGAGCGGGCCAUUUCCGCUCUGGUCCUCUGCCCCAUCCACAUUGGCACCGUGUACGCUGUCGUCUUCUACUGCACGCGAACGGUCAAAAAGAAUGAUAUGGUUCUUUCGGAAGUGUAUAAACUGUUGAACCACUCUCUCGACUCCAGAGAUUCAGAGGAGCUAAAAAUAUUUGCAUCGCAGCUCUCGCACAGAAGAGUUCAGUUCACUGCCGCAGGAGUGAUGCCUCUCGACUUCACUCUUUUAUACUCGUUCAUUGGAGUCGUGACAACAUAUUUAGUGAUUUUGACCCAGUUCGGCGCUUCCUUGUCUAAAUACACUAUGGACGUCAAUUUGUGCAGUGAAAUGAUAAGAGAAAAGCAAAACACGUGAAUGAAAACAGUGCGCAUACUGCCCAAAAACUCAAAACAAAAAAGUGUGAUGUAAACUUAAAAAAUAUUUUGGGGGUAUGUAAUCAAUGUGAUCAAGUAAUUUCACGCAAUGCAUUUUUCUUGCUCUAUUGUCUGACUAUUAAUUUAACUUAUUGCUUGAAUGAGAAGGAUUUGUUGAUUGUGAUGCUAGUUAUUAAAAUAACUAAUUAAUAAGGUUUUAGUUUUUACAUCACACAUACUCAUCAAGAGAUUAUCAGCCUAUAAUUUCUACCCAAUUACUUUUGUACUCAACGCACUCUGAAGAGCAAGAGCUGGAAAUAACGUUGUGAAACAGAAUCACGCGGUAUAAACAAGGAGAGCAUCUCACCUGCGCGCGACCAAUACAAAGCUCAUCACUGUAUGAUAGCCUCUUCAUAUGGCAAAAAAAUAUUAUCUUGUGGGACGAUGAGAAAUCACAUUUUAUAGUGGCUGAUAAUAAAUUUAGUACAUAUACCACAUUGUUAUAAAAUCCAAAAAUGGCUUAUAUUCGCCAUUAUUAGUGUCAAAAUAACCUGCAAACUGUUGUGCACGUGAUUUUGGCUGCGCCACCCAGGUGAUAGCCAACCCCGUCCAGGUGGGAGUGCACCACCCUCAACGCACCCUAUAAAGCACAAGGGACUGAUUGCCGAG